GUUAAUAGAUUUGGUACAAAGAAAAUGUGAAUACAAUGUAUUAAAUAGAUAAUAUAAAAUAACCAUUGCUUAAAUAUUUGGAUAUCUGUUCAAUUUUUAGCAUUGUCAAGACAAGUAAGACACACAUAUAUUUAAUAGAAAAGACAUUACGUUAUACUUAUGAUAAAUAAUCAAUUCUUUAACUAUUUGGCUUAUAUAUUCCUAUUCCAUUUUUUUGAAAGAAUGCACAAAACUCUAAUACAAAGUCCAAUUCUCAUGCACUCCUGGAUUGGAAUGUCGGAGUUCUUAUUCCUCCAUCAUAAAUCUAUUUAUGAAAGUAGCUAAUAUUUAUGAUAAUUAGUUUGGGAAUGUAAAUAUAUAUUGAUUAAACUAAAUAAAAUAAGGAACGCAUCUGAUACAAAAAUAAAAGUGGAAAUUAUUUUCUUUCCUAUACUUCUAUUAGAUAAACUCUUAUUUGACAUUUGCAAUUGGAUAAUUAUUAUUUUAUAUCUUGUUUUUCUAAAAUUGAAAUGCCAUACAAAUAAGAGGUCCAAGGUAGAUUGGAUUCAAAUUGAUUAUUUUAUUUGA